CGUGGACGCCUCGCGGAGGGGACGAUGAGCCGCAUCUACCACGACAGCGCGCUCCGGAACAAGGCGGUGCAGAGCGCACGGCUGCCCGGGGCCUGGAACCCCGCCGCCCACCAGGGGGGCAGUGGUGUCCUGCUAGAGGGGGAGCUGGUGGAUGUGUCUCGGCACAGCAUCCUGGAUGCGCACGGCAGGAAGGAGCGCUACUACGUGCUGUAUAUCCGGCCCAAUCGCAUCCAUCGUCGGAAAUUCGACCCCAAAGGGAACGAAAUCGAACCCAACUUCAGUGACACCAGGAAGGUGACCACAGGAUUCCUCAUGUCCUCCUACAAGGUGGAAGCCAAGGGGGACAGCGACAGGCUUACACCCGAGGCACUGAUGGGGCUGGUGAAUAAGCCUGAGCUGCUGGCGCUGACCGAGAGCCUUGCCCCUGCUGGGACUGUGGCAUUCUGGAUACCCGAGGCAGAGAUGGAGGCCCUGGAGCUGGAGCUGGGGACUGGGAUUCGGCUAAAAACUCGGGGUGAUGGCCCCUUUUUGGAGUCUUUGGCCAAACUUGAGGCUGGAACAGUGACCAAAUGUAAUUUCGCUGGUGACCGUAAGGCAGGCGCAUCCUGGACGGACAACAUCAUGGCUCAGAAGGCCUCAGAGGGGGCAGCGGCAGAGACGUGCGAGCAAGGAGACGGGGCUGCAGAUGAGGAGUGGGAUGACUGAGGUGAUGGACACGGACUGAGAUGAUAGCCUGGAUUCCAGCAGUCCCUUCUGCAACACGACUGAGAAUACCUCCCACCCAUGGAUGCCCGGAAGCUGGAGUUCACCCAGCCUGCCUGUUCCUGGCCUGCGACUGCCUCUGCACCCCUCUCUGAGAGCAGGUCCGAGAGCAGGAUGUGGUCCUUGCCGUGGCUCACGGAAGGUCCUGCCCCAGCUGUCAGGCUGAUCCUCCUGUGUGUCUUCCCCUGGAUGGCAGCCUCAUUUCAGGGGCUGGUGGAGGGCAAGUUCCCCCGGAGUAAUCCCGAGGAACUGGACUUGGUUUUGGUGCAGACUUGGAGGACUGUCCCGCGUCCAGGUGCUGAGUGGCCAUGUCCUCCCAGCUUCCUGCUUUCCUUCCUCACCUUCCCACCCCACCCAGCCUCAGGGCUCUGCAGCCACCCUCAAGUGUCAGUUCUUUCUCCCUCCUUUGAUUCCAGGCCACCUCGGGCCUUCCUGGCUGCCUUCCUGGAGCCGGAGGAUGCUGUUGCUGGGGAGAUGUGGCUGGCUGGUCUGGCAGUCACCUCAGGCUCGCUCUGCUUUUUUGUACCAUGAGAACUUUGGAUGAUCAAUCAGUUCUCAGCAGCGCCUCCAUGUGGCUUCAGGUGUAAAUGAUCUUCAGCAAGCCACACCUCUAUUCCUACCCCCAAGGAAGCUGACUGCUGUCCAUAGCAAAGCCCGGUUGGGUGGUGGGCAUCUAUAUACCUUAGGGACGUGGAGAAAGGGAGGUGAGAUUAACACAGCAAUUACUGAGGUCCCCUCCUGUGCCAAGUGCAGCAUCGGCUGUGGCAAUAACAGCUCUGGGCUACUGUUGUGUGCUCCUGGUGCUAGCACCUGCAGUAAUUGACAGCCAUCCCCUGAGGUACAGGGAUUUAUCAUGUUCCCAUAUCAGACUAUGGCCGGGCUCACUGGGCAGUACAUGGAGGAGAGAGGAUUGAAGCCCCGGCAGUCAGAUUUCAAGGUGUACAUUCUGAAUUCCUGGACCACUCUGCUUGCAGGUGGAUAUUACAGUGCUCAGAGGGGUCUAGGCAAGUUGCUCAAAGUCACACAGCUCAUAAACUAUGCUCCUUCCACUGAGUGUCCCCGCUUUCCUGGCCUCCAGUAGGGUCUUUGAUACAGGAGUGAGAGGAUAUAGUUAUCACCUCACUGAUGGCCUGGGUCUGAACGGCAGAAGCCCACAGGCAGGUUAUGCUGGGACCUCACCCAUGCAAAUGUUGAGGGAGGUGGUUAAGUAGGAGGGGAGCUGGAGGUACCAACUGGGCAUGAAGGCCCAGUGGGAGUGCCCUGCUACCCAAAGCACCGUGACCUAAGAGGAUGGCAGAGCCACAGGCAUACCGCCACACCAAACAGGGAGGCCCCGUGGGUCAGUGGGGAAAGCAAGAGAAAGGGCCUGGGGCUUAGGUGGGCUUCAGGAAGACAAAGGCCAUUGUGGGGGAACCCUGAGAACAGGGGUGAGGCAGUUGUUUGUGAGGCGAGUCUGGUGGUGGUGGGGUGGCAGGGAUGUAGAGAUUCACCCUUACAUCCCAGAAGCUGGUGAGCCCGUGCAGGAUGAUAUGGUCUGCUUCAGAUGUCCUGGAAAUCAUGUGGGGAACCCUGGGGUUGGCCGAAUGAGCCUGGGAGUGUGAGGGUGGCUGGGCUGCAGCAGGAUUGAAAGAGGGAAGAAAAUGGUUUAUGGGGCAUUCUGGGGAGG